AUGUCCUCUAGCUUCAAAAGCUCCUUCUCCAUUACUCACAUUACCACCGCCUCGGCCAUCCUCCACAUAAAUGGCAUCAAUUUUCUCACGGAUCCAGUCUUCUCCCCAGCCGGUACCGAGUGGGAUAUGGGCUUGACCGUGCUCAGAAACACGAAAGGCCCAGCCCUACAACUGGAUGACCUACCCGUCAUCGACGCCAUCCUUCUCAGCCACGAAAACCAUCCCGAUAACCUGGACGAACUUGGGCGACGUCUCCUCGACGGUCGCAGAGUCCUGACGACAGAAGAUGGAGCCCGUAAACUUGCACCACGUCCCGGAGUCGCCGCCCUCAGGCCCCGGGAAACUACAAAACUCCGGGUUGGAGGAGAGGAGUUCGAGGUGACUGGAGUACCAUGUCAGCACCUCCCGGGUGGAGAGGUCACGGGCUUUUUAUUGAGGGCAGCGUCUUUCGGAGAAACAAACGGCUUGCCAAACGUCAUUUACAUUUCUGGCGACACAGUCUACCUCGAAGAGAUCCCGAGAUUGCUGGGAGACUACCAUAUUUCCGUUGCUAUCGUCAAUGUUGGUGCGGUAGAGGUCGCAAUCUCCGAUCCUCCCUUGUUGGUCACCAUGGACGGGAAACAAGCGGCGCGGCUGUUCCUCGAGAUUGGCGCAGAUGUUCUGGUGCCGAUGCAUUACGAGUCCUGGGCACACUUUGCGGAAAACGGUGACCAACUAAGGGCCGUUUUUGAAGAGGAGGGCAUUGCGGACAAGGUGCAAUGGCUGGAGCCAGGAGUUGAGACAAAGAUAUUCUAA